AUGAGCAUCAAAAAUGAAAACAGGAAAAACACAACAUCUCUACCAGAAUUCCACUUAAUUCAAGUCUCAGAGGAUCCAGAUCUACAGCCUGUUCUCUUUGGCCUAUUCUUGUCCAUGUACAUCUUGGCCCUAUUUGGAAACCUUCUCAUCAUCCUUACAGUAAGCGCUGACUCCCAUCUCCACACACCCAUGUACUUCUUCCUCUCCAACCUGUCCAUGGUUGACAUUGGUUUCAUCUCCACUACUGUCCCAAAGGUGAUUGUGGAUAUCCAAACCAACUGCCAAGUCAUCUCCUAUGUGGGCUGCCUGACACAGAUGGCACUGAUCAUAAUUUUUGGAUGUAUGGAUAGCAUGCUUCUGGCAGUGAUGGCAUUUGAUAGAUUUGUGGCCAUCUGCCACCCUCUGUAUUACCAGGUCAUUAUGAGUCCCAAUCGCUGUGGUGUUUUACUUCUAGGUUCUUUUCUCGUUAGUCUUGUGGAAUUAAUCUUGCACUAUGUGGCAAUAUUAAACUUUUCCAAUUGUGGGGAUUUUACUGAAGUUUCCAGCUACUUCUGUGGCCCUUCUGAAGUCCUUAAACUUGCCCAUUUUGAUACUGUCACCAAUAACAUAGUUAGAUACUGUAUAGGCACCCUCUUUGGGUUACUUCCUGUUUCAGGAAUCAUUUUCUCUUACUUUAAAAUAAUUUCAUCCAUCAUACGAUCAUCAUCAUCAAGUGGGAAGCAGAAAACCUUCUCCACCUGUGGAUCUCAUCUGUCCGUUGUUUGUUUGUUUUAUAGUACAGGACUAGCGCUGUACUUCACCUCCUCUCUGUCACAUUCUCCAAGUAGUAAUAAUGUGGCCUCAGUGAUGUACACCGUGGUCCCACCUAUGUUGAAUCCCUUCAUCUACAGCUUAAGGAACCAGGACAUUAAAACUGCCUUAAGAAAGAUUCUUAGCAAAGCAUUCUAA